GACAACAUGAAGGUUGUUCUGGUGUCAUCGCUAGUAAUUUUACUAGGGUUGACUUGUAACGGCAUUCGAUUGCAACACGACCUGACCAAGAAAGAUGUAGGCCUAUAUUCUGACGAAAUCAAUAAAAUGAUUCUUGAUUAUUUGAAGAUGAAAGAAGACAACAAAAUUUUUGAAAGAGACGUGUCCGAUGGUGGUUCAGACAUAGACGAAAAUGGAUCGGCAGCAUGUGAUAGUGAUCCAUGUCAACAUAAUGGACUUUGUACCGUUGAUGAGCCGUCCAAUGGAUAUACCUGCAACUGCACACACACUGGCUAUACCGGUAACACGUGCGAAUUUGUUCUUCUUUCGUGCUUAGUGAACCCAUGUUUAAAUGGUGGAACCUGCACAGACAGUCUAUGCCAAUGUCCAGAUGGAUUUUAUGGAACCUUGUGUGAAAAAA